CGCUUUAUUCUCCAGUGCGGCGGGAAGCGCUACCGGGGUCAAAGUGACGGACCGGAGCGGUAUCAACUUCCGUUUCCAGAGCGGAACUUCCCGGCGCGCGCUCCCAGCUGACUUCCGUUGAGGGCCGCCACCCGGAAGUGGCCGCGCACGCGUCUAUUUCCGGCGGCUCAGUGGCGGUGGGGUGUGUGGGGGGGCUCCGUGACCUUUGACCUCCGAGGGGCGGGACCCGCAGCGCCCGCCAUGGGGCCGGCAGGGAAGGCGCCGCGUUACGAGGCCUUCGUCAGCGACGUGCUGCAGCGAGACCUGUGGCGGGUGCAGCAGCAGCGGGAGGAGGUUUACGAGAAGAUCACUCAGCACAUGUGGCUCAAGACCGUUAUUGAGCGUUUGCAGGAGGGAGAUGGCCAAGCGGUGCAGACGCAGGUGGAUCUGGGCUAUAACUUCUUUGUCAAUGCGGAUGUGCCUGACACCUCCAGGAUCUUCGUGGCGCUCGGCUACGGGUUCUUCGCGGAGCUGACGCUGACGGAGGCGUUGCGCUUUGUGGAGAGGAAAACCAAGUUACUGAUCGAGCUCAGCGAAUCCCUCACCAAGGACUCGGCCAAAAUCAAGGCCAAUAUCCGGAUGGUCUUGGAGGGCCUACGGGAACUUCAAGGGUUCCAGGACCUGCCUGAGGACCCCAGAAGAGACCUCGCCCUCUAGGACCCCCCUCCCGGGGGACUCUACCCCUCCUUCGGGCUCUGGCCUGGGUUCAUUCCCCCUCCCCCGCCCCAGCUCACAGCAGGGCUGGGGAGGCAGCUACCCACUGGCAGGGGAGCAGGGGAUCCUGGAGGGUGGGGGGGGCACUGGGGGAAUCCCCAUCCCUUUCCUGCUGUGUUUACCUGUCCCAUGGGAACCAGGAUUCCUGGGUUCUCCCCCCAGUUCUGUUUCCCCCAGCCAGUCGCCCUACUGCUGCCUCAGUUUCCCCUGCUGUCCUUGGCUGCAGUGUCCUGUCAUCUCAUUUGAACUGUGAGAAUAAAGACUCUGACUAGGG